AUGGGUAGAGUAAAAUCCACUGCCCAGAAAAAGAAACCAUCAAAACCUUCUGAAAACCAGCCUGCUCCUCAUGCGGAAAUUCCCUCGACCAGCGGUAGAGCUGAGAAUAUGCCUGCUGAACGAGAUUUUGACUUGUACGCCAAAUCAAAGAACAAGAAAAAAUCUCAUAAGCGCCAGUCUGGGGAAGGCUGCGGCAAUCCCUCCACGAAGAAGUCUCGAACAGAAGACCCUCCUAUGCCUACUCCCACAAAAGAGACAACUCCUCCACCAGCUCCUGCCAGAGAUGCAACUCCACCAUUUCCAGUAAAUCCAGAUCCCCCAUCUCCGGUUGGACAGACUCCUCCACCAGCUCCAGCCAACCUUACGCCUCCAACUUCCACAGUCCAGCAGCCGGCUGGUCACCGAGAAGAAGCCUCGGGAGACAACCUCACAGGCAUGGCGCUUAAUUCAGCCAAAGAUAGGCUGUCUAGAAUAACAAAGCACCAUCACAACCGCGAGGCGAUUCAGGAGACUGGCUCCAUGGUGGUUGAUUAA